GGGCCCCCCCCAGCCAUGGACGAGCGGCUGCUGGGGCCGCCCCCUCCUGGCGGGGGCCGGGGGGGCCUGGGGCUGGUGGGUGGGGAGCCCGGGGCCCCUGGCGAGCCUCCCGGUGCCGGAGACCCUGGUGGGGGAAGUGGGGGGGUCCCGGGAGGCCGAGGGAAGCAAGACAUCGGGGACAUUCUGCAACAGAUAAUGACCAUCACCGACCAGAGCCUGGACGAGGCCCAGGCCAAGAAACAUGCCCUAAACUGUCACCGAAUGAAGCCUGCUCUGUUCAGUGUCCUGUGUGAAAUCAAGGAGAAAACCGGCCUGAGCAUCCGCAGCUCACAAGAGGAGGAGCCGGUGGACCCACAGCUGAUGCGCUUGGACAACAUGCUCCUGGCAGAAGGUGUGGCUGGACCAGAGAAAGGGGGGGGCUCCGCAGCAGCAGCUGCAGCCGCCGCAGCCUCCGGAGGUGGCGUGUCCCCUGACAACUCCAUCGAACACUCAGACUAUCGAAGCAAGCUUGCCCAAAUCCGCCACAUCUACCACUCAGAGCUGGAGAAGUAUGAGCAGGCAUGCAAUGAGUUCACGACCCACGUCAUGAACCUGCUGAGGGAGCAGAGCCGCACUCGUCCUGUGGCCCCCAAGGAGAUGGAGCGCAUGGUGAGCAUCAUCCAUCGCAAGUUCAGCGCCAUCCAGAUGCAGCUGAAGCAGAGCACCUGCGAGGCGGUCAUGAUCCUGCGCUCUCGCUUCCUGGAUGCCAGACGGAAACGCCGGAACUUCAGCAAACAGGCCACUGAAGUCUUGAAUGAAUAUUUCUACUCCCACCUGAGUAACCCUUAUCCUAGUGAGGAGGCCAAAGAGGAGCUCGCCAAGAAGUGCGGCAUCACCGUCUCUCAGGUUUCCAACUGGUUUGGUAACAAGCGAAUUCGCUACAAGAAAAAUAUUGGGAAGUUCCAAGAGGAGGCAAAUAUCUAUGCUGUGAAGACAGCUGUGUCAGUCGCCCAGGGGGGGCACAGCCGCACCAGCUCUCCAACGCCCCCUUCCUCUGCAGGCUCUGGCGGCUCUUUCAAUCUCUCAGGAUCCGGAGAUAUGUUUCUGGGGAUGCCCGGACUCAAUGGAGAUUCCUACUCUGCCUCCCAGGUGGAGUCACUCCGACACUCAAUGGGGCCCGGGAGCUACGGGGACAACCUCGGGGGAGGCCAGAUAUACAGUCCACGGGAAAUGCGGGCCAAUGGCGGCUGGCAGGAGGCUGUGACCCCAUCCUCAGUGACAUCCCCAACAGAGGGACCAGGAAGUGUUCACUCUGACACCUCCAACUGACCUUGCCCCUCAAGGUCACAGGGCUGGGGGCUCCCACCAGGCAACUCUUGAAGAGGACUUGGGCAUCUAAAGGACAAACCCCGACCGAAGCACAAAACAGAAAAGGGCGAAUGGGGUUAUGCCCUCCCCAACUAGACACUCAGUGCUGGGGUGCUGACUACAUGGCAGGGAAAGUGGGGUGUCUCCUUUUUUUUUCCUUCUUUCUGUCUUUUCCCUCUCACACAGAAAACAGGUAUCUGUUUCUCUGUCUCUCUUGCUCUCUCUCUCAAAUCUACACCAACAUAUAACUAUUCUGUUUGUGUAUGGGCUCCCUACUUUCUGUCCCCACCCCACUUAAAUACUCUGGAAUCUGGAGAUGUCAGCCCUGCCCGACCCAGAGAUGCCAAAAAUGGGGACUCCUGGACAAAGGCCCUGGGCCAACACCCCGCCCCAUGCAUCCCCACCUUCUGCCCCUCCAGACGGCUUUAUUACCUCAUACGCAGCUCAUCUUAAACCAAUAGAAUCGCUCGGUGGACAGAGUGUCUGACUCAGUUAUCUACCUCGGAGGGAGUUUCUGCUACUUUAGAAAAUUGUUGACUGGGCUUUGGAGAUUUUUUUGGUUUUGUUUUUGUUUAAAAAAAAACAAAAAAAAACAAAAAACCCUGGGAUCUGUCUGUAUUUUUUUUUAAUUGUUUUUAUUGGUAGUGGUGAUCCUUAAUUUUUAAUAGUUUGAAGAAGUAGGGAUUUUGGUAUGUGUGUGGUUUUUUUUUUUUUUUUUUAAUAAACUGAUUUAUUUUUGUUUACCCAUGUGAGAAGAGCCAAAGGGGCCUCAUAGGAAUGAAAAAUGGUGGUGGCUACUUGCUCCAGGCCUACCGACAGGGAAGUGGAUUUUGCAGUCCUCACCCUGGUCACUUAGGUGUUCUCAGCUUGUGCAAGCAAACCUCUGCUGUAUUGAUGGGGGCAUAACUCCCCUCUAGCCCCUUGUCUCCCCUCCUAAUAACCUUUGGGCAAGGCUGGACUAAACUCAAUAAUUUUGAAAAAGUCAAAAUGCUUUUUAAAUUUCUUCUUUUUAAACUAUUUGCAGAGUGGAGAAUGAAUGAAUGGGGAGGGUGUUCUUGCCAAAUAUGCUAAACAUGGGCUGGGUGCUAACACGUGUAUCUCCCCCAGCUUCCCAGAAAUAAGUAUUUCUGUUCAUUUUUUAAUCUCAUGCCAAAAUCAGCGGGGUGGGGAGAAGAGGGAGGCCAUAGAAUGCCAGGUAUGAGGGAAGGUAUAAACACCAUCUCAUCUCAGUCCUGAACCCUCUGUCUGACCCCCUAGAACAUCCUCAGGAUCUGUCACAGUGGGGAACCUCUCCCAUCAAAGACCCGGGUGGUGGGAGGCAGGGGCCAGGGGCAGUUCUCUCCUCACUUGUAAACUUGUAGAUUCACAGAGGAAAACAAAAACAACAACAAAAAAAACUGCAGUUUUAAAUAAAGAGAUUUCUUUUUUUCCUGGG